AUGCACCAGCGGAAGAACAUACAGAGGGAUAAAAAGACGGCACAGCAGCAAUCGGAAAAGUCAGCACAAAAGCGACCAGAACAACAGAAGAAAUUCGAUUAUUGUCGGCCCUACAUAGUACCCAAUAGCGACGUCCAGAUCAUCCAAGCAGAUCACCCGGAUAUGCCAAUUGCAAUUAGGGUAAGUGACUUCUUAACUGAUAGAGGAAACCCGCAGGAUAUAUGCCCGGAUGGGGACUGGGUCAACAUCGCCAACAUUAAAUUCGAGAUUCAGAGAAAACCUCGCUCAGGAAGGCUAUGUGGUAGACGGGGACACAAUCUGGUACGACUGACUUCCUUCAACCUUGCAUCUACACUUUUGCGAACUAUCCGUGGCACCUUAGCUGCUAAACAGCCAUUGAAUCGGCCCACUGUAAAGAUGGGCGGCAGCACGCUCGUUCCUAACCGGCGCUCUGAACAGGUAACCCGAUAUGCGGCCAGAAGACAUGCUAAUACGAAACGAAAGAGGGCAGAGGCGGAAGCGGAAGCAAGAGCAGAAGCAGGGGCAGAGACUGGGGAAGAAACUGGAGCAGAGACUGAGGCUGAGACAGACGCCUCACCGGCUCAAAGAAGAAGGGUAGCUGUAGCACAGGAAAAUCCCACUACAUCCUCUGCUAGCCCUAUCUCUGACCCUAUCCUUGCCUCUGCUUCUGCUCUUGAACUUUCUCCCACCGGGCAAGAAGCUCAGGAGGGAGCUGAUGGUGACGCUGCUUUGCUCGGGCUGCUAGAUCCUGCAUCCUUUAACGAAGCGGGACUUGUCGGCGAUGAUAGCGGCACCUUACAAGAAUUUUUCGAGCAGAACGAAUGGGCGAGAACCGAUGGAGGAGGGUUGACAAGAGAAAUGGGAAAAGAGGUAAGUAAAGUAAGCCAGGUGAACAUCGACUGA